AUGACCAUAUCUAUCACGACUAUAGGAUCUCACUGGCUAAUAAAGGGGGCAUUUGAUUGCCCGGGUGAAACCCUUUUUUUCCGAUGGUACGAGCAGGUGAAAUUUCACUCGCCCGACGAAAAUUGCAUCAAAUCACCCACUCCCCCCCCCCGCCGACACCCUUCCCAUUUCCCGCCCGUGCCCGCAGCUCCCACCAUCGCCGCAGGUCAGAGCUCCCACCAUCGCCCAACGCUUCAGUCGCUGCUCCUCCACCGGUCCAUCGUUCGUAAUCGCCUGUUUGGAGCCCUUGUCCGUUUCUCACCAGCAGGGAAGAGGGUUGCAGUAGGCGUGCGGGCCAGAGCUCCCACCGUCUCAUUAAACAGCCGGUUCACCAUCGCCACAGAUGCUUGUGAUGGUCACAGUGGUAUUGUAUUGUAUGUUCUAUCCAUAGAAAAAGAACAUGGCCAAACAUCAACGAAGAAGUUAUACUUCGGCGGGGAUCUCCGGCUGGGCGAGGCUUCUGAACGGAACGGAAGGAGGAUGGGGAGGGCCGUUUUAAGUAUAACUUCUUCGUUGAUGUUUGGUGGAACUGACCGGAUCUUUGAAGCCUGUGGGACCUGCAUAUUUGGAUCCAACGCAGACAAAGUACAAUGAUAUCAUCCCGGCUUGAUCUUCCCUCGCAAUUUGCACAAACAACACGGUUGUUGUCGUGCAUCUAUCUGACAAAUAAAGGAUAUGUUGAGAAGGUGCCGUUGGAGGGGCCUAUUUGUUGGAUCCAAUAAGAUCCGUUCUCUACCAGAUCCAGAAUAUCUGAACGUUUUUACUUGUCCAAAUUAAACUUGUAUCACAACUUAUGAAACUCAUCCCAAGUGUUCGCUAGAAAAAUGAAUGUUGGGGGCCCACCUUUAUGCAGGCCGUCAAAAAGAGGCCGUAUGUUAAGGCAACUAUAGCGUUUGAGGAGCAAGAAAUGUUAAUAGAUUGGAUGGAAAAUGGAUGUAUUUUACCA